AUGUUCUCUCGUUCAUUCAUUCAAUCUGCUCUUGUGUUGGUCUUCGCCCUACAGGUUCAUGGGCACGCCGCAGUCGCUCCCGUCCUCGGUGUCUCCGGUAACCCGGUCCGCGCUGACGUUAAGCGCCCGAAUAACAUCAACCCGUGCGGCGCUGGCGUCAACAUUGCCAGUGAAUUUGACUCCUCGACGGCCGCUCCCGCUGACGCUUCGGGUUCAUUCAACGGUGUGGUAUUUAACUUCAACAGAUUGUUGGACGGUUCACGACAAGUAUCAGCUGCUGUCGACCCGACCGGGACAGGCUCUAGCUUCACCCCCAUGACUGUGACUACUAACGGCGACAAGGUUUCUCAAAACCUCGGCUCUCAGCCAAUUGUUGCGCAACUUCCAGCUGGAAUGGUUUGCACAGGGGGAGCGACCAAAAACAAAUGUCUCGUCCAAUUUAAAAACGUCGCUGGGUUUGGAAACUGUAUGGUUGUAUCACAGGAUAGCAACUCCAGUUCAAACUCCACCUCCUCGGAUGAUAGCAGCAGUACAACAGUUGACUCAACAUCUACAGCGACAGACUCGGCCGAUCUUUCUACCGCCACAGAUAAUGUGUUCUCAACGGAUUCGUCUGACCUCUCUACCACGAGCGUUGCGGAUAUUUCUUCUGCGACCGUAACAGCGGCCGCUGCGACUGCGACCAGCACCUCAUUGUUUGGGUCCUCGCAGAGUACUGGGAGUCAAAGUACAGGAUCCAACCUCUCUGGAAACAGUGUUGCAAGUGGAAUCAAAGGAAAUAUUGCCAACAAACUUACUGGAUUAAAGGAGAAGCUCCAGGGUGCAGCCAAGGUUCCGGGAACUCGUGCUGCUAGGUCCUUGUUGGCCGAACUUGCUGGGAUCGACCAUUAA